CUGUCUGCUGCGCAGUGCUCGAUGACGUUACCUAUCCUGUGGGCCAAUUUAUUUAUUUUUGUUGAUUUUCCUUUCGUUCGCUGUGCGAAUUUCACUUCGGAACACGCAAUCUAUAACAAUACGCAAGGUCGCUUCAUUAAUCUGUCGGAACAUUUGUGAAGUGCGUUUGUGGUGUUUUAACAAACAAACAAACUUAUAUUCCACUGUGGGUGUCUGCGAAUAUUUUCAGUAAUCAAAUUAACUUUUGAUUCUAUAACAAGGAAGUUCGCAUCGCAUGAGCCCAACGUCGUUCCAACAUGGCGGGCGGGGGCGCGUGGUCGCGUCGCGUGGCGGCGCGCACGCGCACGCUCCGUGGCCUCGUGCGCGACACACAACGCGCGUUGCACGAUGUAUGCGACAUACUCAACUUUGACCCAGAAGUCCCAGUGACGGUGCAAGACAUCGGCAGCAUAUGCAACAGGCCCACAGCUAUAGUAGUGCUGGGCACCAGUGCUGCAGCGAGAGCCAGGCUUCUGAACUGUUUGCUCGGACGACAGCUGCUGCCCGACCCGGCUCCUAGGGGGUGCAGAUGGCUAAAAAUCCAGUACGGCAGCAGUACACAGGUGCACUUAACUCUUGGCAACUCCGAGUUUGAGCUGGUAGAGGAGCUGGAGUGCAAUAAGAGAUCAUGGGAUACUCUGCCUUUGCGGGACCUUCUACGCCAGGAUCAUAACGACCUGUCAACCAUGUUGGAGGUGGAGCUAAACAAUACAUUCCUCAAAGAUGGUCUCCGUAUCAUCGUACCACCAGACAUCGAAGUCGACUCUGGUGUAACCAGCUACCUAACGUUGAAGCAAACUCAUUUAGACUUAUACAACAAACGUGAAAUGAUUCUAAGGAAUUUUAACCCUGUGUAUUUGUACGCGUUAGACAGAAUUGGUAGGAACAUUUUUAGUGACAAUAUUGGUGACAGUAUGGUGACGUCGAGGAGUGAAGAGGAUUUUUGGAAUUCGUUCAGUUUGUAUAGUACACCUCGAGUUAGUGAAGUGAAUGAAGUUAAAAAGGAAGUGAUAGUCGAUAAAGUUGUGAAGGAAAGUGAUAAUGGCGAGCCCGCGGUGUUCGCUGGGGAGAAUUGCCUCGACCUUCACCAAAUUAAAGAGAUCAACCCUCACAGUCAGCUCCUCUUCAUUCUCUUCUCUGACAGUACGGACCUCUCGCACAAGGAGGUGGAGAAGACUAACGAAGCUACAGAGUCGGCUGAGGAUAUGUACAGAGCUGAGGAUCUGCCCGAAUCUGAUCAGGACCUUAUGGAGCCUGUUUUGAGUUACAUGUUAAACAAACAUGUUUACAGACGGACACAAGAAUCUCCUAUUAAUAGUAAGAAAUCUACUGCCAAUAGAAGACUGAGAGAAGAACAAAUAGGUUUUAUGAAUGAGCUGCUCGAUCAAUGGGAGUUGAUGUGUAGUCCACCCCCGAAACACCACGUUAAAAGUCAAUGGAUCAUAGCAAAUGACGUAGAAAUCCUACGUACAGUCGACCUCAAACCUUUGGCACCAUAUCUUAGCACCGCCAUACAACAUGCGGGCGAAACUUUGGGGAAGGGGAAAGCGGAUAGCGCAAUACAUACGAGAUCAGCGUUUCUGAGUACUACCGUUAAAUUUGCAGCCGAGUGUUCGCAAAGUAGCCUGUUGGAGUGCAGCACGCAACUCAGUGAGGUUCACGUGAAGCUACUACAGCAGUUCAUUCUGGCCUCAUUUGAUUUAGCUAGAGAGCUGCAGGUUGUGCCCAAGAAAAUACAGUAUGUUGCCACUCAGGAACAACAAUUAUUUGAAACGAUUAACAACAAAUUCAGCGAGGGCGACAAGAAACAGGAACUGGUUGCUAUAAUGCAGGAGGUGCUUCAGGAAAUGCAGACGGAAGUCAACAAUAUGGACUGGAGUGUCGAUGACCUGCCGUGCCACCAAGACCGCCGCUUCAUGGUCUCCAACUCUAUCUUCUACUCCACGCGCUCGUCCCCUCCCCCUCCCCCUGCCCCUCCCGCUCCCCCGGCACCCUCCUCCCGCGAGCCCACAUCCGAUGGAGAGGAAGCCUUGUCGUAUGACAGCUAUAACUUUGAUGAUUACGAGAUUAUCAAUGAAAGAGAUGAGAGUUUGAGCAUGAGUUAUUUGAAGUCAAAUUCGGAAGACGCAUCAGUAGUGAUAUCUCAAGCUGGUCGCAUUCGAGUAGAAAACGAGGAGACAUUCUCUCUCUCUCACGCGGUCAGCUGGGCCAACGCCACAGUUUGCACUAACGCCGGGAACGUGUCUGUUAAGGAGGCCUCUUUGGAUGUUCAGCAGACUGUGCUUUCAAAGCUCAGCCGUAAAAUCAGUCUAAAACUAGUCAAUUUCGUGGAUUGUCUUCGAGAAACUUAUUUUGGGACCUUGCAGAGGUGUCUAGAAUCUCUAGAGCUGUCGUGCAGACAGGAGUUGGGCGGGCGGCCGGCGAGCGAGGCCAUGCGGCAGCUGCUGUUCGUGGCGCGGCAGGUGCAGCUGCAGCCCACUGGCUCCUUCUCGUUGCUCAGAUCUCUGCUGGACUCCCUGAGGAGAUUAAUACACAGACUACGUCUCGCUGGAGAAGAAUCAGAAACAGCGUGCUGCGCUCUGAGCCCUGUAUGGAGAAGAAGAGUAGCCCUUCACACACUGCACUCUUUGACGCCGACUCGAUUGGCCAGGAUUAUAUCUGCGCAGAUACUGGAAAAACUAACGGUAGCCCAUGAAAAAUAUCAAUCAGCGCUGAUCGCGCUCGAAGCCGCUUUGGAGGGACGGUUACAUCACACAGAAGCUGUCAAACUUGCCAUCAGAAAGAAAUACGCGCCAGCGUUUGCUCGCUUAUGUCUAGAAAGCACCUCAAUGUGUGAUCUCCUUAUGUACGGAACACCAGAACUUGGUAGAGAAAUAGGUCGAGGACAAUACGGCGUAGUAUACUCUGUUCGCGGAGGCUGGGCGGGCCACAGUCCGGUCGCAGUCAAGUCUGUUCUGCCGGCCGAUGAUAGACAUUACCACGAGUUGGCUAUGGAGUUCUUUUACACUAGGAGUAUCCCGGCGCACCCGCGCAUAGUGCGGCUGCUGGGGUCGGUGGUGCAGCGCGCGGGCGGCGGCGCGUGCGCGGGCGUGCUGCUCGUGUGCGCGCGCCGCGAGCGCGACCUGCACGCGGCCGUGCGCGCCGGGCUCGCGCGCGCGCGCCGCCUCCGCGUCGCCACGGAUAUCGUUGAAGGUAUCCGCUACCUGCACUCGCUGGGGCUUGUGCACCGCGACAUCAAGAUGAAGAACGUACUCCUCGACCACGACGACCGCGCCGCACUAUCCGACUUGGGGUUCUGUGCGGCGGAGGCGCUGAUCUCGGGGUCGGUGGUGGGCACGCCGGUGCACAUGGCGCCGGAGCUGCUGCGCGGGGAGUACGACGCUGCCGUCGACGUCUACGCGUUCGGGGUGCUGUUCUGGUACUUGUGUGCUGGGAACGUCAAAUUACCAGACGCUUUUGAAAUGUUCGUGAACAAGGAGCAACUCUGGAGUGGAGUGAAGCGAGGUGUCCGUCCCGAGCGCCUGCCACACUUCACAGACGAGUGUUGGGACAUUAUGACGUCGUGCUGGGCCUCCGAGCCCUCCCAGAGGGCAUUGCUCGGGGACAUACAGCCUCGCCUCGAGAGGAUCCUCCAACAGGCCUUAACUGAGGACCAGGGAAAGGCGAACACAAAUACAGAGGUUAGGGAAUAUGAUUCUGAAGACAGCUUGAAUAUGACUGGCAUUGAUGGGGAUUUAGAUUGAUCGACUAAUGCUCUGUGUGGAUGUGGAGCGGUUUAAUCCAUAGCUGUUGUCUUGUCCAAACUGUCCCUCCUGCUCCAUAGAUGAAUGAGGCCGACAAGACGAGGCAAUUGCUGGUCUAAAUUGAUAUAAUCCGUCUGCUAUUUCGACUCGAAAGUUCGGGAAUACUUUAAGUUGAUUCCAUAGUACGUAAUCAGUACUGUGUAAUAUUAACUUUGAGUAAUCACAAUCUGAUACGACAUUGGAAACAUCUAGAAACGAGUCUACAACUUCUUAAUAGUUGCCUAUCAGACUGUGAAAUCUAUUUUAAGAACCUUUAUGAAACGAAUCUACGAUAAAACUGUAGAAUCAACUUCGAUUAUUUCCGAUCCGAGACAACACUGGAACCUUAAAAAAAAUGUAAAUCUUGGAAGGCAAUGCUGCUAUCAUGUCCCUAUGCAUUUGUCUCUGGGCAGCGGUUAUCAUUUGAAUCGGUCGUAUACCAUAAAAUGAUAAGGAACGAGAUAAAUUUUGUAAGAUACAUCUGCUGUGAGAAACAUAUGAAGUGAGAUAAAUUGUGUGAGAAAUAUAUGGAGUAAGAGCCAAUACGAAUAGGGUGUGUGGUUGUGUAAUAUAAUGAAGAAUGCGAAUUGUGUUGAUCCCAUAUUAAAAAAAUAAAUUGAAUGACAUGUAAAACCUCUAGGUGAUUCUAUAUAUAUUCCGCUAAUCAGAAUAUUAUAGAAUGUAACGAAAAGAACUAAAGUACUUGUCACACGAAGCGUGCAUAAGUGUUUAAAUAAUAUGUCUCUAUGGAUGAGAAUAAAAUAGUAAUCUCCAAUAGAAUCAAGUUAUAUUUUCAUUAUUCGCUACGUUUUCCUAACAUUUUGAUUAAGUGUAAGAAAUACACUAUAAUUAUACUAUAUUGAGCUAUAUGUACGAGUAGUAGUAACAUAAGUUGUAUAGAAAUUACUAUCAAGUGUACCAUCAGAAAUCAUAUCAAUGAAGAAUGAUUUACAAUCUGUUUAUAAAGAAUAGAAAACUGUUUUUUAAUGAAUUGAUGAUUGAUGAUUGGUCAAAUUCAAACUGGUGUCAACACUGGGGUCUAACACUUGCUUCAUAUUGGCAAAUGAUACCAGAGUGCCCCUGUACAAUAAUCUAUAUGUUUAUUUUAUGAAAUUACAUCUUAUAUAGUAUUAUACUCUGUGGCGUUGCCUUGGAACAGCACGAACGUGAUUGCGCUGAGCGGACAAAAUGAUACUAUUUUUUUGCAAUUGCAAUACCAAAUCUUAUGGUCAAUAUUGGUUGAUAAACACCCGUGUUGCCCGCCAAGAAGCUUAUUUAUUUUCAAUUCUUUACAGACAGGCUGUAAGUAACUUAAAAUAUUAAACUUAAUUGGUACUAUUUCAUAUAUACUUAUACGCUUGUCAAAAAUGAUGUUUCAUAUUUUGACAAUUCCACUGCCAAUCAGUGAUCAAUAACCUGAAAAUUCAAAUGAAAACUUCAAUAUUAUUGGCUGAUUGUGUGUGAUAAUAAUUGGUGUAAGAUUGUGAUCUCAAAUAUUUUGCGAUGUGAUAAAAAUUUUGGCCUAAAAUAAAUUUAUAUUUUAUUUCAUGAAAUAUAUGAUAUAUCAAACUAUUAUAAAUAGUUUUAACGGUUUUUUAAGAAAUGUAUGAUCAAGUUUUGUAAAAAUAAGUGAAUAACAUUAUUAUUAUGGUAAUAUUAUUUCAAAAUAUACUUCACAUGGCGCUACAAUUGGUAUAUAUUCUUGUUAUUAACAUGUUUAGGUAUUCUAAUAUUGGCAUUAUUUUGUAAAAUCCACAAAUAAUGAAAGAAACACCAACAUCUCAAGGUUCCGUAUCUCUAAAGUUCAAAUAAAUCCCUUUUUGUAAAAAAGAUUUAAAAAAAAGUAUCAAAGAAGUAAAAAAAAAAAGGUCUUGAGAAAUGAAACGAAACGUUGGAGAUAUUCGCAAAUUAGCAAUACCUGUAAAAGGUGACUGAAUCAGAAACAGUAUUUGUUAUUAUUUUUUUUCAUUUAUUACGGCACAAACAGUCAUAAGACAAAAAAUAGUUAUAAAACAGUUUACAAUAUAACAGACCAGACAGUGCCGACUAUGUAUAUAAUAAUAAUAAUAUUAAAGCACAGAAAAUUACACGUGUUAACAAACACCAUGAUCGCUUAACUAGAAGCACAUCAAUAAAUAACAUUAAAUUCAUGCCGUACCUGUGUUCAACAAAGUUAAACACAGAAAAAAGAUGAUAAAAUUAUAAGACACAAGGUAAAGAUAAAAAUUCCCCUAUUACAACAUCAACUCAGUACGAACUUUGCUUUUCCUAGACUUCAGAGAAUUGGAAAAAAUUACAAUAUCUGAGAAAUUAUUGUUAUUAUGUACCAAACAGCGAUUAAAUAAGUUAUUGCGUGUAUUCUUAUAUAUAAUUAUAUUAAUAUUAUUGUUUGACGACCUCGGUGGCGCAGUGGUAAGAUUCUUGCCACUGAACCGAGAGGUCCCGGGUUCGAUCCCCGGUCGGGUCAUGAUGGAAAAUGAUCUUUUUCUGAUUGGCCCGGGUCUUGGAUGUUUAUCUAUAUAUGUAUUUAUUAUAAAAUAUAGUAUCGUUGAGUUAGUAUCCCAUAACACAAGUCUCGAACUUACUUUGGGGCUAGCUCAAUUUGUGUAAUUUGUCCUAGUAUAUUUAUUAUUUAUUUAUUCAGUUCUUGCGAAACUGCGGUAGUACUAAAAUGUUCAGUUCGCGCGAGCAGCGAAUCGGAAGACGAUGUUUAACUGUGAAAUUAAUUUUAGAAAGGAGCGUAGGAGAGUCAAUCAGGUUAAUUAUUAUUUUGUGUAGGAAUGCUAUGUCGAAUAGUGUUCUGCGAUUCUGAAGAGAUAAAAUUAUUUAAUUACUUCAAGAUCAUUGUAACACGUGGUUGACAUAUAAAUAACAUAAAUAUUAUAUAAACAAGGUACGUGGAUGUUUAAUACACAUAAUAUUUUACGAUGCUGAUGUUUCUUUUGUUUGAAGCGAGAAGACUGACAAAACUGGAAACAAAUCGAUUUUUACUUCAACAAUUAUCUAUUUACAGUAUAAGAAAAACUACUGAGGGCUUGUAUUCCAGUUACUUUUAUUGAUAAAAUCAGUAUAUAUUGCUGUAGAAAAAUCGAUACUUAAAAAUAAUCUAGAAUAUUCAUGGAGCCUAUAAAAAGUAUAACUAUCGAAAGAAUUAUUGAUACUCUAGAUGAUUUAUCAAGGAAAUCGAUGUUUGCGCAUCACUAGUUCAGUUAUUUCCAGGAUUUUAUCAAACUCUGUGGAAUACUAUAAGAUUAAAUUAUAAUAUUGUGUGAGCGCGACAAAAGAACGUCGACAUUGUCUGUCCCGCUCUAAAUGAUCGUUGAUCAGCUUAUGUGUAAGACAAUACCUUUUAUAUCUGUGAUUCAAAACUGUUGUCGAAGAAUGACUUAAUUAAGUUGUUUAGAUCAGUAUCGGUUUAUAGAGUGAUAUCUCUUUCACAUAUUAUGUAUAUGAUUUUUUUUUCUUAUCUUGCUCGUGAUAUUUUGUUUUAAAUGCAAAUGUAUUGCUUGUAAGGAUUUAAAUAGUUGUGUUAUAUACAGGUCACACAUGCUUUUUAAUUUUGAAAAUAAUGAAAUGAAAAAAUUCUAGAAUCUAAUAGAAAUCGAACCCACGCCCUUGUGUAUCCGGGACAGCGCUCUUAACCACUGAGCCAUUAAGAACAUGCCAGUUUGGCCGAAUUAAUUCAUUGCUUCACCUUCUUACUUUUCAUUACAGAAUACUCUUAACUAAUAUAAAUAAUGAAAAUACUGUACGUCGACGUAAGACGUACCUAAAGAUAUGAAUUAAUUCGCCUGAACUGGCAUAGUCUCGGUAGCUCAGUGAUCACAAGCACUGUCCCGGAUAGACAGGGGCGUGGUCAAUUCCCGCUCGAUUACAUAAUUUGUUCAUCUUACUCGUAUUGUUUUCAAAUAUAAUUACGAUUGUCAACAAACGUUCUUGAAAAAUAGCACCCAUUCUUCUAAUGGUGUUGGUUAACUCGUAAUCGUGUCACAAUAGCGCUUCAAUAGUGAUGUUUACCCAGAUUAAAUCAAUCUGUACUAUUUAUCUUAAGUUAUUUACAUUCGUGUGCUUUUUGGACUAAAUGUGAUUCCACGAAAAAUAGUACUUAUUGCCUAAAAAUGACUAACUAAAACGUCAUAAGCGACUUUCGUCCAUAAAGUACCUUUUCUCGCGAAACUUUAUAUAUCUGUUUAUAGAUUGUAUGUUUUCUUUCAAAAUUAUAACAGUAUUGUUAGUAUAAUGUGAUAAGUCAUAUUCUUUUCUAGCAUUACAGUUCGCAAUGUAUAUUCAUUUGCGUUGGCAACUGUCGGCUGUAGUGUGUGAAAGAAAACUGUGUAUUUUCUCCCCGACGAAAACGAAUACAAAAAGUCACAUCUCAGAAAGUAAUUGGUCAUCGAAUUCGCCGAUUUCAAGUCAAUAAAACACUCUCAGGUACAAUACUACCCGAUUUAUUGUAACUUAUUUAAAUGUAUGUUAACUUCCUCUUGUUUUAAUUAAAUCAAAGUUUUAAAAAUUA